GAAGCAGGCCGGGCUGCGCAGCCCCCGCCCCCGCCAACAGGGGUCGCCCUGGGACCCAGCGGGAGCGCGUGCCACGUGGCCGGAAACGCACUGCGUGUUGGCGUCGCUGCGAGGCCGGGUGAGACGCGGCAUGUUGCCCUGGCCCCUUCCACGGUGGGACGCCGGCGAGGAGCAGGCGCCGGAGGAACAGGGCCCCUCACCGUUCGGUGACCCCGGCAAGGUUCGGAACUCUGGAGGGAAAGCCCCGGGGGAGCCAGGUGCCCCCCCACAGGACAGCCCCCAGGUCCGGGCCCCAAGGCCUUCCUGGACCCGGAGAGGACAGCGGCGGGCCCCGCCCCGCGCAGGCCUGGUAGCCCAGCAGCACCCGGGACCCCCAGUUCCCCUUUUUCCCCAGAUGGCCUGGGGGGUGGCCCCUUCGAGAAUGACCCUGCUGGCACCAUGGGACCCCAACUAUGAGGCUAAAGCCUGUUCUCAGCUGGUGUGGGGACCCAGCUGUGCUUCCGGUGCCUCUUUCUCAAGCCGGACUUUGUGUCAUCCCUCCUUCUGGCCGCUGUACGAGGCAGCCUCAGGCAGGGACCGCAGACCCCUGACUUCUGCAACAGUGCGUCAGAAUGGCGAGCAGGCACCCAGGGAUGCAGGAUUCCCGGUGAUGUGCUGUGAAGAUGUCUUUCUUUCAGACCCUCUGCUGCCCCCUGGGCAGCGUGUUCCCUUGUACCUGCCUGAAGCCCCCCAGCAGGUGGGUACUUUCCUGCCCUGGCCUUUUCUCAGCCUCCCUGCAGGGCUUGGGAGGAGACACUUCCCUCUCUUCUCUCCUCAGGUGAUGGGCUCUCUGAAGCUGCUGCUCCCACCCCCUAUCAUGUCCCCCCAGGUCUGCCCCACCCGGUCCCCUGGCUGCUGCACCACCUGGCUCAGUGGGCCUGAGCUGAUCGCCCUCACUGGCCUCCUGCAGAUGAGCCAGGGGGAGCCAAGACCUAGCUCCACGGGUUCCUCGGCAGCUCCCACCCCCCCUUCUGAUCCCCUAGACCCCGUUUCUGAUCAUGCAGGCCCCAGUGGUUCUCACUGCACUGACCCAUCUCUCCGACAGACCCCAGAAACCAAUUGUCCAUAGCACCUCUGGGGGCAUCAUGGGCCCCCUACUCUCUCAGGCGGUUCUGUUGACAAUAAAUGUGUUGGUUUGCAAACAGGCUCCUUGUGGUAAACAGAAUGGGGCAUUCAGGCAGGGAUAGGGGUCUCUUCCUCCAUGGCAGCUUUGGCUGUCCUCCCCUAAAAUUCUUGUUACUCAUUGGCCACCCCCUACAGUGGGGUGAGGGAAUACAUGGGCCUAAGGCCUUUUCAGGCUGACCAAGAAAGGCACCGUUAAUGAGGGGCCCCGCAGUACAGUUCCCCAGACUGAGUAUAUAAGAAACGGAUUCCAUCAGCUCUGCCAGGCCCAGGAAAGGGAGGAUUGUGUAAGCAUGUGGCUGACAUUGGGAGAGGCAAUCUAGGGAGUAAGAGGGUGGCACAUCACUUUUGGGGGACACCAAAGGAAAGAUACCUGGUGCUUUCAUCCUUCUUGCGCUGAGGUCCCAGAAGUUUAUCCUUAGAGUUGAGGGUUAGUUCUUUGGUUUGUUGGAGACGCAGGCAGGCACUGCAGGUGUGUGUGUCGGGGGGACGGAAAGGUACUUGUCGGAGUCCUCAUCAGAGGAAGGGUGGCAGCCACGGUUCCCCCGAGACUCUGAACUGAUGCUGCAUAACUUUGCGGGGAAACAGGAUCAGAGCUUUGGCUGAGAAAACCAGAAAUUUGUAGGAUUUUUUUUGGAGGGAGGAUAGUGAUCUAGAAUUUUCUCCCUUAAAAGAAUACAACUUCUUGGGGGAACUUCCUCCUGAAGACUUCCCACUGCUGGAAGGGGCAGAGUGGGCAGCGGGCCCGAAGGGGCAGCUCAGCGCCUCUGUAGGUCACCCGUCCUAGGGGGUGUCCGUGCCUUAGAACCCCUCAGUUGUGGGAACACAUUCUAACUUUGCCAUUUUCUCCCCCUCAUCUCACUUUCCAUCUGUCAGACAGACCUGGCAGACGCUCACCCUUGCCUCCAGAGUUGGUUCUUGGGUAGGGACUUGAUUUGGGGUAGCUGUGGGGCAGUGUGUGAUAGGCUUGGGGGCAUUGCCUCAUGCUUCCAGAGGAGGGAUCAGGUCCAGGUCAACUAGCUGAGGUGGCUGGCUGAGGGGGUCCAGUAUGGCAGUGUCCAUUUCUAAGUAGUCUGGGGCCAUGUACUCAGUGCACACAUACUCCUGGGCUAGUUGGACUGGGUGGAUACCCUCCUGCUCUCCAGCUCUCCCCAAUGCUGGGAUGGGGGCCUUGGAGCCUGUGCCCUGGCUCCCUGGCCCUGGCUUGUAGGAAAAGGGGCAGGGAGCUUGGGGAAGAGGACCUGGUGGAAAACAGCUCAUGGGCACUUAGUGCCCCCCCCAAUCCUAGAGCAACUGGUGGAGAGCAGCGUUGGCAGCAGAAGGAAGGUGAGGGGGGAGGUGCUAUCAUAAAGUAGCCACCCCACCCCUCAUGGGCUCCCAUUGACUCAGUCACUCCCAGCUCCCUUGGGUAUGUGGCUCCCUCCCCUCUCUAACCCUCCGGGUAUGGGGUAUGAGGCUGAUGCCCCCAGCAUCCCAGGGUCUGGAGGGUGGCUUGCUUGCUCCUCUCACCCAGGCACCUGCUACAGCUCAGGCCCCUCGAUUGGGCCCAGGUGACUCGGAUCUCAUGAGGUUGGGGGACAGAGCGUCUGGAGGCGCUCAUCAGAGGAUCCCUUGGCAGUGGCUCAGUCCUGACACCGGCACCAGCGCCCCUAAGUCGCUUCAUGGCGGCCAGGGCAGUCUCAUGAGUGCUUCAGGCACCAUGACAUCUAUUGUUUGUAGCCACAGCACCCGCGUGGGCACCCAAGUGGCUGAGUUUCAGGAAGGAGGAGUCUGCAUGGCCACAGCAGCACACACUGAGCAGGGACGGGAGCAGGAACCCCAGGUAAUGAUGCCAGGGCGUCCUUGGAACCUCUGCCCUUGGGUUUCUGCAGCAGGCUCAGUACCCCCAAACCCAGGCACAGGUGGUAGACAUUUGCCCAGGCCUCGUGUCCACCUCAGCCCCUUGGGCCACAGUGUCACCGGCCAGACAUCCUGACAUGGAGUGAGGAUUCAGGUCCUGGGAUCCUCAUGGGAACUGGAACCUUGGAAGGAUAAUUGGAUGAUCACAGGAGGCAGGGGGGCGGGGGGAAGUGUGUUGGAGUCACUGUGCUCUGAGAACUGAUAAAGUGUAAACGCUUAGUAUUUGAAAUUGAUUUCGGUGACCUAGAGCAGGGAGAGGCUAUGGAUAGACCAAAUCCAUGACUAUCCGACCCUGGCCCCCAUAUUCUCUCCGCCCACCCCGAACUUGGGCCUCACUGCGGUGGCUGCAGGCACCUCGAGGAAGGUGCCCCAUCACACCUGCUGCUCUGCCUCGCUGGUCCCCGCCACGCCCAGGCUGCGGUCACAUGUGCGGAGGAUAAUCAGGCGGCCCUGGUGCGCGUCCACCGCUGGCUGCUGGUGCACGCACCCGGCAGGCUCACGCUGAUUUGGGGCGGUGCUCCACCCGCAAACGUCUCGUUCUGGUAACACUCGAGUCUUGACGGCUCUGCCCGGGGCAGGAGACACAGCGGUGCUGGGACUUCUGCUUCCGCAAGUGGCUGCGACGCCACGGUGGACUCAGAUGCACGGCGAGCGACUUGGACUCUGUGUCCCCGUGGGGUGACCGCCUCCGGGAUUCCUUAUGGCCACAGGCAGUAAAGUGGCCAGCAGAGGGGGUGAGACGGCCGAGGAAAGGCCAGGGUGGGUAGAGGUGGCUGCUACCCGUCUUGAUGCCCAGCGUCUCUCUCCAGCUCCCAACUUGAAGCUUAUGGCCGGGUUCCUGCCCAAUGACUAGGACACCCUGGUCUCCGGAGAUGAUCCUGGCAGGCUCCCCGCGCCUCCUCUCCUCCCCCCCUCUCCACCAACAGCUCAUCACUCCCCACCCCAGGAGCUGGACGCCAGCCCAGUGGUGGAAGUGGAGUUUCAGUCGGGACAGUCUCCACCCCACCCGCUCGGACUGGGGACUGGGCUCUGGCAGGCGUAGGGAGCGUGGGGGCAUCUCCAUGGAUUUGCACUGACUGCUGAGAAAGUGACCAGGUGGGGCGAAUGUGAAUGCAGCAUGGAACUAACUGUCAGCAGUGAUUGUGCUGGCUGCGGGAUCCGCAGUCCUGAGUCACCUGCAGCGGAGCCCCACCACCCUUACAGCAGCACCCUCUUCUGGUUCUAGCCGUCCAAUAUCCUUCCCACUCAGGACUGGUUUUGUACUCUUCCUUCCCAGGUAAUUCUAGGAACCAGACCACCAGCACUGGGUGGGUUGUGCUGACUUUCAAGGAGCUGGAGGUUCUCUGUGGU